UUCUCCUACCUUUAAAGUCACUCUUCAUCUAGGACCCAGCUGUCUGAUUCUUAGUUAUUACCUCUCACCUUAGAUUCCCUCCCUAACAAGUUUUUAUUCUUCUUCCCAGAUUUUUCUUCCAUUUUUCUUCUUAGACCCAGGUACCUGGCCCCCCACCUCCAACUUUCCUUGUAGAACUUGGGCAUCUUGGCCCUUGACUUCUAGCACUCUGUAUCUUCUACCCAACUGUCACCCACGAUCUGGGAACAGGGAGCAGAGGGUGGAGAGUGUGUAAGAAGUGGCCUCUCGCCCCAACUUUUGGCCCCCUCAGAAUAUCUUCCUAGGAGAAGACAUCCGCAAGCAGCUGCCCAAUGAAUCGACCUUAUUUGACCAAGUCAACAGCAACUGGAAAGCCAUCAUGGACAGGAUGAACAAGGACAACAAUGCUCUCCGGAGCACCCAUCACCCAGGCCUCCUGGACACAUUGAUAGAAAUGAACACAAUCCUGGAAGAUAUUCAGAAGUCUCUGGAUAUGUAUUUAGAGACCAAGCGACAUAUUUUCCCCCGCUUCUACUUCUUGUCCAAUGACGACCUGCUGGAGAUUCUGGGCCAGUCCCGAAACCCAGAGGCUGUGCAGCCACACCUCAAAAAAUGCUUUGACAACAUCAAGUUGCUGAGAAUCCAGAAGGUUGGAGGGCCCAGCAGCAAAUGGGAAGCUGUGGGAAUGUUCUCGGGCGACGGCGAGUACAUUGACUUCCCCCACUCAGUAUUUUUAGAAGGGCCUAUAGAGGUGAGUUGUGGUGAGGGUCUGAGGACCUAGCUGAUUCUUCUUCCUACAGAAAGUUCACCUGGGCCAGGCGCGGUGGCUCACACCUGUAAUCCCAGCACUUUGGG